CGACGUGGGGCUGGCCAUGGGGAAGCUCUACGGCAACGACUUCAGCCAGACGACGAUCUCGCGCUUCGAGGCGCUGAACCUGAGCUUCAAGAACAUGUGCAAGCUGAAACCGCUGCUGGAGACCUGGCUGAGGGACGCAGGAACCCGUAGCUAUCCCACAAUGCACCGGUGCAAGCUGAAGCCGCUGCUGGAGACCUGGCUGAGGGACGCAGGUGGGACCCACGGAUCGAUAAAUCCCCUAUUGAUCACUUAUUGAUCACCCAUGGAUCACCCAUGGAUCCCCCAGGGAUCAAUAGGAACCCGUAGCUAUCCCACAAUGCACCGGUGCAAGCUGAAACCGCUGCUGGAGACCUGGCUGAGGGACGCAGGUGGGACCUACGGAUCGAUA